CAUUGUUCAAACCUGAUAAAAAAGAUUGAUCGAGAUUAAUCUCCAAGAAGAUAAAUCACCGUUCCUUCUUUUAUAUGAUCACUAAGUCAUAGAAGAAAAAUAUCCCUAAUCAUAGAAUAACGACUUACACUUGAUAGGAAAGAUCAGUCAAGAUAAGUAGGGAUGUGUAGACUCGGAUUGAUGUAGCAUAAAGCACCAGUGGUCUAGUGGUAGAAUAGUACCCUGCCACGGUACAGACCCGGGUUCGAUCCCGGCUGGUGCAUUAUUUUUUCAAUCAAAAACAAAAUGAGGAAGAACAGAGGGGUCAAUACUUCGGGUUAUGGUGUCGGAUCUCUUUUUUUUAAAAAAACUCCGCAUUUUAUCCUAACGAAAGAAGGUAAAUUUAAAAACUUGCGUCACAAGUCAAAUCACUUUCCUCGCUCUCCCGCUCCCUCUCUUUACUCUCUUCUUCACCAGUCUCCACCAUUGAUACAGCUAUGAAGUUGUUCUUCUACCACAGGAAAGUCUUGCUGUUCUCCAUUGAACUAGAUCCCUCAAAUACAGUUCUAGAGAUGAAACAAAAGAUCGAAAAGACCAAACGCAUCUCUGUUUCCAACCAAACCAUUUUCUUCAAAGGCAAGAUUCUAUUGGCAGAUCGAGACUCUCUCACUCUCACGCAAUGCAAGAUCUUCAACAAAUCACGUCUCGAGUUAUACUUCUGCCGUUCACGUCUACGUCACGACCUCCGUCAAGCGCUUCAGCAAACAGAGCAAUCUCCAGCUCCGGCGUCAACGUCGGUUAAAGAUGUCAUUAUCAUUGAAGACUCUCCUGAAAAGAAUCAAGAUUCGACUCUGGUUCUCCAUCAAACCGAGAAAGCUCUAGUACCACCAUCGUGUUCAGUUGAUGAGCUCUCUGCCCUUGAAGAAUGGCUUAUGGCAACGGAAGGAAACGUUAGUGUUCAAGAACCGUCGUGGAGAUACGAUAACUAUCAAGAUUGGCUUCAAAGAGAGCAAUCAUCUUCUACGUCAAACACAUUUGAAGCUGAAGCAUUCUUUAACCCAGGAAACGUUAGUGUUCAAGAACCGUCGUGGAGAAACGAAAACAGCCAAGAUUGGCUUCACAGAGAGUCAUCAUCUUCUACGUCAAACAUAUUUGGAGAGUUAUCGUUCCUUGCGGAUGUUCCUUUGUCAACAGAACUUUUCGACAUGCAAAGGUUCGGCUAUACGAGUACAGCCCAAGAACAGAGGAUCAACGAUCAAGAUCUGCCUGCGAGUCAAGUGGUUCAUCCCCAGAAAAGAGACGUGAUUAACAUUCCAGAUUCGCCUGAGAGCAGCAGCAAGAAACGGGCCAAGAAUCUUUCGACAGUGAUGGUGUUGUCAUUUCCCGUUAAUGAUGCACCUGCGAUGAAGUUUCCUGUGGAGGUGAACCCCAGCGAGAACGUUGAAGUACUGAGGACAGAGCUGGCGAAGAUGCAGCAGAGGUGUCAGUUACUUCUCCCUGAAGGAGGGUACUUCUUUAUACACAAAACACAAAUUUUAUACGAGAAGCAGUCAUUCCGCUGGAACCGUGUUGCUCAGGGAGAUACGAUUGAGAUUUUUCCAGGAAGUGUUACCCGAUGA